AAAAAAAAUAGGUACAACAUAUUUUCGAGAUGCCUUCGGGACGUGAAUGUUGAUGACGAGGAUGUGAGGCGUGUGCGUGUGAAUGCGUCGUUUGUGCGUCUGUUGUCGUGCUCCGCCGUCGGUCGAUAGAAUCAUAGUUAUAAGGCAGAGUUAACAACCUAGGUAUGACGUCGGUUUCUUAAUAAUACCGAUCAAUCCGAUAACCGAUUUUAAAAAGGGGUUUGCCGCAUCGAAUUUGUUUUGUCCGUCCGUCGCGUGGGCAUCUCGAUCACCGGAUAUCGCAGCGCACGGGAAACGGACCAGUUUUUGCGUGAGCGAGAAGAACGGACACGCCAGUCUCCACUCGCCGCCGCGUCCAGUUUUGUGGCUGUCGCUGUCCGACCGUUUGCCGCCUACGCUCGACGACUACGACGACGACCACGGCAGUCGUACGACAUCACCACUGUCAUCGCCGUCCGAAUGGUGGCCAGCCGUCGUCCAAAUGCAGUUGACGUCCAAUCCGGCGGCUGCCGCCAACUAUGCGAUCCCGUGACGGGCAAUUUAACAUUUUGAUUCAGGGUGUUAUGCGUUUGAGCAUAAAACAAUGGGGGCCAACAUGGGUAAAAGUUCAGCGUCUUUGCUGGAUGCACUCCCUACACCACAAAGUCAUUUGCAUGUAGUCAUGUUGGGCCUAGACAGUGCUGGUAAGACUACAGCUCUCUACAGACUUAAAUUCAACCAGUACCUGAAUACAGUUCCUACAAUUGGAUUUAACUGUGAAAAAGUAAAAGGAACUGUCGGUAGAGCCCGAGGUCAAACAUUCCUUGUGUGGGACGUUGGUGGACAAGAAAAACUUCGACCAUUAUGGAAAAGUUAUACUAGGUGUACUGAUGGUAUAUUAUUCGUUGUGGACAGUGUAGAUGUAGAAAGGAUGGAAGAAGCAAAAAUGGAACUAGCCCGCACAGCGAGAGCUCCAGAAAACACAGGCGUACCUAUUUUAGUAUUAGCAAAUAAACAAGAUUUGCCAGCAGCACGAGACUCAGCAGAAUUAGAAAGACUUUUAGGUCUAAAUGAACUUAAUCAUUUGUGGCAUAUUCAAGCUGCUUGUGCUAUAACUGGGGAUGGUCUUCAAGAAGGUUUGGAUGCGCUUUAUGAUAUGAUAUUAAAACGCAGAAAAUUAGCUAAACAAGUGAAAAAAAAAACUCGAUAAAUUAGUUAUAUAUCAGUAUAACUAAUAUUGUAUAUAAAAGUACUGCGCUAUUGGGAUAAUGAAUACAUAAAUAUAUUCUGUUUGCACCGUAAUAUGAAAUUUCCAUGACACGUGUUUAACAAUAGACAACCCAUAAUGCAAUUUGGCUUUAAUAUUGACAAUAUUAUGUGCUAAUAUUUAUACAGAGUUCAUUUAUUUAACUGUAUGUUUUAUAUUUAAAUGACAUAAUGAAUAUACUUUAUGGACGUUUUAUUUAAAAAUAUUGUAGCUUACUAGUUAUAAUAAUCUAAUAUUGUGUUAUUUCAUUGAUUCCCAGUAACUACUUACAUUUGUAGAACAGUGUUUAGUAUGUAACAUUUAUUUGUGUGUUUAACUGUGUUAAUGUAAUUUUAAAAGACCAUUCAAAAUCAUGUUUUGAUUUUUGACAAUAUUCCCACCGAUUGUAAGUAUGAUUUUUAUACUAUAAAAAUGGUAGCUUUUGGUAGCCUUAUCGAAUAUGGCAGCUAAAAAUCUGGAUGUUCGAAAUUUAUUAUUUUAACUUAAAUGUUAUUUGAUUUACUUUAAAGAGCAACUAGUUUGUUAUUAAAUGUAUUUGUUGUCACUCCAUGGUGCUUUAUUAUUUUUGAAAUUAUAUUGUAUUAUUAUUUUUUUUAGUGCAAUAUUUCACUUGUUUAACAUUACUGCUGCACUAAAAAAAUGUAUUUAAUGAAAGGUUCAACCGUUUAUGUUUUUGACUAUACCCUUUUUCAGUUUAAUUGUUAAAUAUUUAUAACAAUAUAUAUAUAUAUAUAUAUCAGUUGCAAAUAUGGAAUUGAGUUUCCAUAGCUCUGAUAACUUACAUGAUGAAUUAUUAUUUAGCUUAAUAAUUCUGAUAAAUUGGUGUUCUGCCCAGUUUUGUGUAUACAUUUAUUUUAUUUAUAAACAUAAGAACAGUUUUUCACUAUUAUUCAACGCUAGGCAAAUUAUUAUCGUUUUUUUUUUUUUCAAUGGGUCUUCUACACCCUAUCAGGUUACCAUGAUAUGAUUAUCUUUAUUAUAUUUUCUUUUAUCCCAUACUCUUAGGUUAGGAAAAACUGUUCUAAUGUUUGUUAUACCCAACUUAACUGUACAAAUAUAAUAUACAAAUACUUCAUAUAAAGUAUGUAUUUAAUAAGAAAAUAAUUAUAUAUUAUUGUAUAGUUUGAGUGAGUUGGGUAGUUCAUAAAUAUUUUAGUCUCCAAUUAACCUAUACUUUAUUUCAAAUGAGUAUGGACCAGUCGGCAGACGAAAACUGGUCAAAACUCGUGGUGGUCCCGACAGUUUCAGCCGCAAUUGUUCAUCUUGUGGUAAGGGCAUGUUGCUCGCCGCUUUUGACAACGAUGCGGUGCAAUUUCAUUUGAAAUAGAGUAUUAUAUCAUCAUUUUUUUUCUGAAUACGGGCAAGUUCAAUAAUCCACCAAACUUUGAAUCUUUCUGAAUAUGUAUUUGUAUAUUUCAUUCUAUAUUUAUCAUUGUUUUAGCAUAAGUUUUAAUGUAACCUUUUUUUUUUAAUGCUUUGUUAUUAUAUUUUUUACACUCAUUUACAAUUAUUUUUAGCAUACUACUUAAAAAUAGUUCAAUUAUUUUCAUUCAUAUUUGUAUUAUCUAAUGAAUAAGAAGAAUUAUCACAUUUUUUAUGCUCUAAUGUUUUCCUUGUUGACCUAUUCUGUUGUAAUGACUAUAUUUUCAAUCCUUUUAUAGUUUUUGUUUAUGUGUAAAUUUGUUUGUAUAACUUAAUAACGAGACUGUUUAUGUGUUUUGUUAUAUCGAUUAACUCUUUAUGUUUACAUAAAUUAAAUGAUCAAGUGUAUAAAUCUAAUAAUUGUCAUUAAUUAGCAAUUAUUGUAAGUAUUUAUCAUUAAGAUUAAGAAACAAUCAUUUUUAAGGUUUUUUUAUUUAUAUAUAUUAUGUUAUAAAUGUUAGGAAAUUGUUUAGCAGAAAUUAAUGUCUUGGCCUAAAAUAUAAAUUGAAUGAAAUUCGCGAAUCGGUCAUAUUAUAUAUUAUUAAAUGUGAAUUUAUUAUUUUUUUUUACACCUUCAAAAACUAAUUUUAGUUUUGUUUAAAGUUAAUAAUAGUAUUGUAAUACAUAUUAUUUCAUUUGUCUAUUAAAAUUUGAUUUAAUGUUUUUUCUAAAUUUAUUGUUUCUCGUCAAAAAUGAUAAAUCAUGAAAUAGAAUAAAAAUCCAACAAGUGGUCCUUAUGGCAUUCUUCAAACUGCAGAUUGGUGUUCCUGGAACUGAUGCGAUUUUUUUCUGGAUAUAUAGAAACCAGAAAGCCUGGUAAAUAUAAUAUGAGACACAAUUUCAUAUUAGCUUGCAGUGUCUGCAUGGUGAGAUUUUUAUGUAAUAAAAUUAUCUUAAUUUCA